AUGAGGCUCCCAGAGCACCUCGAAGAGCUCCUCCAGGAAGACGUUGAGGAGGGCAAGGGCGUCGCACAGCAGCUUGCCGUUGCUGUGCCUGCACGGGCACCACAUGCUGCGCUGCGCACCAUGAGGCUGGGGAAAGGAAAAGGGGGGACGGGAAAUCACAGGGUUGGGAGAAGCCAUUUACAUGCGCUGCCCUCCAAGGCACGUCCAGAUCUGCAACUCCAGCGCCCAGAUCUGCACUCCCCGCGCUCAGAUCUGCAACUCCAGCGCCCAGAUCUGCACUCCCUGCGACCAGAUCUACUCCUCCCGCGCCUAGAUCUGAUCAUUCCGCGCCACCAGAUCUCGUCCUCCCGCGCCCAGAUCUGCACUCCGCGCGCCCAGAUCUGCACUCCGCCCGCCCAGAUCCGCCCUCCGCGCGCUCAGAUCUGCCCUCCGCGCGACCAGAUCUGCACUCCCGGCUACAACCUUCGCUCGGUUGUCUUUCAGGAAGGCGGUGGACUUCAGCCCGUGGCCCCCACCGCUCCUACUGGACCUGCCCCCGCCCACCCUGGCGCCGAGCCCUCUCCCCCCGGUGAUCCUCCCACCUUCGCACCGAAUGUCAACGACCCGCAGAGCUCGGAAACCGCCAUUCGCACCUACCGCACCAAUCUCCAAGAGCACCUGCGCCUGCAAUUGCGUUACGAGGACGACAUGCGCAUCUAUGACGAGGCCGCUGCCCGCUACAACACGUACCAGGAGGACCUGGACACCUACACUGCAGAACUUGCAGACUACACCACGAAAAUUAAUGCCUGGCGGGUUGCUGAUCGGCGUGCGCUUGCCAUUCUUCUCGCCACCAUCCCCUCCUCCCUCAAACUCGAGCUCUCACCUACCUCCUCCUCCCACCUGUGGCGACUGCUAGUCGACCUUUCGAUCGGCAGGACGUUGCCACUCUUUACGCCCUUAUCAAGGAGUUUGGAACUCUCUCCAUGGAUUCCACUUCUGGCGCAGCUGCUUUCACUCGCCGUGUCUUAG